AUGCCGCGCCUCAGCCCGCUAUUCCUCCUUUCCCUCUCCGUCGCCCUCACGGCUUACAUGCUCUCACCCACCAUUCAAUCUAUCUUCACGACGGUGGCCGCAAAACUGGCGGGCUACACGUCCAACUAUGCAGAUCUUGCGACGAUAAAGAAACCCCGGAUGCCGGUCUACUUCUUCUCCCAUGGGGGCCCGGACGUAAUGUACAACAAAUCCCACCCCGUAUACCCAACUCUUCAGCACAUCGGCGCAGAAAUUACCUCCCUUCGCCCUGCCGCCGUCCUCGUCUUCUCCGCCCAUUGGCAGUCCCGCACCCCGGCCUCCAUCCUCGUCAACUCGGCCCCCUCCGCUCCUUUAAUCUACGACUUCUCCGGCUUCCCCCUCCACUACUACUCCGCAACCUACCCGAACAUUGGCUCCCCCGCCCUCUCCGCCCGCGUCUGCACUCUUGUCGCCUCCCACGACAUCCCCUGCGACACCACCGAGCGCGGCCUCGACCACGGCGUCUGGGCCGGCUUCCACGUCGCUUUCCACCCGGACGAGAACCCCCUCGGCGUGCCCAUCGUCCAGGCCUCUCUCUUCCGUUCCGAGGACCCGGACGCCCACUACCGCCUCGGCCGCGCCGUCUCCGCUCUCCGCGAUGAGGGCGUCGUCAUCAUCGGCGCCGGCAUGUCCGUGCAUAAUCUCCAUCACAUGGACAGCGGGCCGGAACCGUUGCCCUACGCCGUGAGCUUCGAUGACGCCCUCAAAGAGGCCGUCGAGGCUGGCGUCGACGAGAGGCAGGAGAAAAUGGCGCAGGUGUGCAGCCGCCCUGACGCCAAACAGGCCCAUCCGUGGAUGGACCACCUCAUGCCCGUCCACGUCGCCGCCGGCGCCGCCGGAGACGAUCUUGGCAAGCAGUUGUGGACCAUGAAAGAGGGAAGUUUUGCGUGGGCUCAGUACCGCUUCGGUCCCCUGCCUGAAUCGUAA